AUGUUUGGCAGCACAGCAGGCUCCUCCUCUUUCGGAGGCUCGAACGCUUCGAAGCCUGCGUUCUCCUUUGGGAAUACGCAAAAUAAUGCUCAGGCUGGAUCACAGCCCAACUCGACGGGUGCUCUGUUUGGUGCCAAUAACAACAAUAGUGCAAACUCCACAAACCUCUUUGGAGCCAAUUCGAAUACAAACAACGCGUCAACGGGAUUCGGAAGCGCAAACACCUCCAACUCUGGAGGAUUGUUUGGAAAUAACACCACCUCGGGCGGAUUAUUCGGUCAAAACAAUGCUUCUACCGCACCAAAGCCAGCAUUCUCGUUUGGUAAUAAUCCAAACAAUACCAAUCAAACAGGAGCCUCCGCAAACACAGGCUUCUCUUUUGGUGGAGCUACAAAUACUCAAAAUAAUACGCAAACUGGCACCCAAUCUGGCACCCAAUCUGGAAGUCUUUUCGGAUCCUCCAGCACUCCUGCUCCUUCCACCAAUACUGGAUUCUCUUUCGGAGGUGCCAACAAUGCAACCAAUAAUACAUCGAGUACUUCCACCGGUCUAUUUGGAAACAAACCCGGAGGCCUAUUCGGACAACCUUCACAGUCUAGCGGUACAGGCUCUUCUCUCUUCGGAGGAAAUCAGCAACCAGGCUCAGGUGGACUUCUGGGAAAUCAACAAAACACUACCGGCACAUCUGGAAGCCUUUUUGGCAACCAACAAAACAGCAGUUCAGGAGGCACAACCAGUUUUUUGAGCAACCAACAAAAUACAUCAGGAACGUCUGGAGCAUUAUUUGGCAACCAGCAACAAAAUACAAAUCUCAGUCAGUCCGAAUUGCCUCCGCUAAAUCCUAUGACCAAAGUGAGCGAUCUGCCGGAGGCUUUUCAAAAAGAGCUGGAGCAGCUGGAUCAGUAUAUUCAGACUCAAGUGGCUAUCGCAGAGCGACUGAAGAACGACGAGGAUGAACACAAAGAACUCAUCAAUAGCAUUCCAAGAGACAUUGAUUUCCUUGAAAAACGCUACUUUUCUACUAACCAGGCCCUUAAUAGCGACCUGAAGUUCGUGGAAAGCUUCAAGAACAAGACGCUUGAAAACUUCGACAACUGGGUAGAGAAGUUAAUCAAAGUCUACUUGCAGCUGACCAAUCCAAUGAUUCUGGGAAUGUCCAACAAUGAGCAAGCAAAAUCUGCAGAUGGCACCGUGACGCAAAUAAUUGGAGUCAAGGGAGUCAGGACGGCGGGCCUUUUGCAAUCCCAGACUUCCAAAUCACAACAACUAGACAAAGACUCUCAUGUGAAUGUUCCUCAGAUUCUCAAUAGCUACUAUAGUGCCAAAAUUGAAGAGUUCAGGCAAAACAUUGACAAGUACCAGUUGAUUCUGCAAGAGGUAGAAAACUCAAUUAGCGAUCUAGACAAGGUUUCGUUAAGCGGAGGCCCAGCCACUGGUUCAUAUGGACUCGAUAUGAUUGUCAGCACAUUGAAAGAAGAAUUCCAGCUCUACGUGGAGCUAGCCAAUGAGUUUGCAGAAGUUCACCACCAGGUUAAAAGGCUCGAUGACGGGUCAAUAUAG